AGGGACAGUCAGACAGAUUUGUACUUUUAGGGUGUGCGAUUUCAUAUUUCUAACUGUCUCUUUCUAAAUCUUUGCCUUCAUUGUGGCAGACAUUCCCAGUGCUUGGAGUGUACAGGUGAUACAGUUAUUUGUAGUGUUAUUUUCUAUACUUUGUUAUUAUUUUAAUAUCACCCACCCACUCUGCUUAAGUGUUUACUUCCCUCUUAUACAUUGCAUCAACUCAGCUCAUGAUUUCCUCUUUGAAUCUUGUAAAACAGAGACUUCUGCCUCUCUGUCACACUUAAUAUUCUCACAUGGAACUGUCUGAUCUUAUACAAACGUCCCAAGUGGACAAUGUCCGUGUGUCUUGUCCUAUGCUUCCCACCAUGACUGGAACCCUAUGUGUCUCCAGCCAUCACCUACUGCUCUGCCCAGUUGCUGAAGAAGGUACAAAGCAAGAAGAAUCUGAUUUCUGGCUGCUACAUUCUGACGUAGAUACAGUAGAGAAAAGUGUCUUCAAUAUUGGUAUGUUUCACAAUACGGAUUACGGACAUGACGGGACAGUGAAGUCUGGCACGGGAACAGUCACCUUAAAAUGUAAGGAUUUAAGAGUCAUACAUCUGGAAAUUCCAGGCAUGGAGGAGACGCUAAAUAUUGCACGGUCUGUACAGGCUUUAUCCUCACUAAAUUCCAUUACUCUGACUUACCCAUUUUUUCACCGACCACUUGGUGGCAUAUUGGGGAAAGGCUGGCCAAGAGAUACCACAGAAAACUUUUACCAGAGGUUUUCAGCAGAGACUGACGCCUGGCGUGUGAGUGAAGUGAAUGAAGAUUUUAAAAUUUGUCCUAGUUACCCAGCAAAGGUUAUAGUACCACGAUCUUGCUCUGAUGACACUUUGAAAAGGGCAGCAAAGUUUAGACAGGGUGGCAGGUUUCCCAUCCUGAGCUACUACCACAGUACCAAUGGAAUGGUCUUGUUACGUAGUGCUCAACCUAUGGUUGGCCCUUCUCGUCGAUGCUGUGUGGAAGACAACGCUCUGCUCAAUGAAGCUUUGGUAGGGGACUUGCCAGGAUUUAUUAUUGACACUCGCUCUGCACAGGAAGCCAAACAGGCCCGAAGUGCAGGUGGUGGCACAGAGAAAAAGUCCAGGUAUCCCAAUUGGAGAAUACUACACCGACCACUAGAGAGGGGACAAGCUUUGCAAGAGAGUUUAACUCGAUUGGUGACUGCAUGCUAUGAGCCCUCUCAGUUGAUGAACCGUUGGCUUAGCAGGUUACAGGCUUCUCGUUGGAUGUCUAAUGUCAAGGAAGCUUUAAGCAUUGCUGGCCUCAUUUCUGAGUGUAUUGAAAGGGAGGGUGCAUGUGUGCUUGUCCACGGCGAGGAAGGAACUGACAACACCUUGUUGAUGACAUCUCUUGCUCAGCUUAUUAUGUCCCCUGAGUGUCGUACAUUAGAAGGAUUUCAGGACCUUCUUGAGCGUGAGUGGUUACAGGCAGGACAUCCUUUUCAGCUUCGCUGUGCCAGAUUGGGGUGGUCCCAAAGCCGCUCUCAGCAUGAGUCACCCCAUUUUCUGCUUUUUCUGGAUUGCUGCUGGCAGCUUACACGACAGUUUCCUCAGUCGAUGGAGUUUAAUGAAGCUUUCCUGUGCAUGUUGGCAAAGCAUGUGUACAGCUCUGAGUAUGGAACCUUCCUGUGCAACAAUGAGAGAGAGAGGAAUGUUUAUGAGGUGCAAGACCGAACACUCUCCCUGUGGUGUUUCCUCAAUGAAUCUAAGCAACGGCCCAAGCUACUGAACCCUAUGUAUAAGCCAAACCCCCUUACCAUCUGGCCAUCAGUGGCACCGCAAAGCUUACAACUGUGGGAAGGUUUCUUCCUCCGGUACCUGCUACCCUCAAAAAACACAGAACUUGCCUGGCAACGUAUAUUGGAACUUGUUGAGCAAAGCAAAUCCCACUGACCACUAAAGAUAAAAGACUUUUCUUCAUAUAUCAUUUGCAAGCAUUCAGAAAUUACAUCACAAUGAAAAAUCGAGUUUGGAAUUAGAACUUUUUUUUAUGUCAAGUUGUUGUAUGAUGGAGACAAACGUGUUAUGGCAACAGGCUUCCCUCUAAUAAAACAUGUUUCUUAAAGCAA